UAACACAGCAUCGAACUUGCCUCGAAAGAGUGCGGAACUCCGCCGUAUCUCUUCCCUCUCUUUGCUUCUUUAUCUUGCUUUUUGUUUUUUUGUUUCUCACGGUUCGUUUCUGAUAUUUUCUUGCUUCUCGCGUUCUUAGAUUCCUCGCCGAAUCCUUCGGUUUCUGGUUGAAUUGUGAUUUUGAACUCAAGCAAUAAUUAAAUUAAAGCGCUUGCUUCCGUUUGGUUCGUCGCAGGAGCGCCCGAGGUGAUCAUCAAUUCUUGCUAUUCAUCGCAACAACUUGAUCGGAGAUAAAGCUAUUGGUGAUUGAUUUGAUGAUUUCUGGGGGUUGAUUGAUGACUUGAUUACCGUAAAUUUUAAGUUUCUAGCUGUUCAAGAUUUGAGGAAAAAUUGAGUGGCGCAGAGUUUUUCUGAUCAAGAAUUGAAAUCUGUCGAUUUGGGAAUUGAGUGAGGUCGCGGUGCAUUCAAGUGGGUUUUAAAUGAGGAUUGUUUUGAUUCAAUGAUUUAUCCUGUGAAUGAAUAUAUUGAUUCUGUUGCGUUGACUCAAGUCAACCCCCGCUUAGCCUUUGCGAUUUUAAAGAAGAUGAUGAGAAUGCAUUUUCUGUAGUCGGAUCAGUAAUGAAAUUGCAUUAGUUUUUGCUGAGAUUCUCUUGGAACCAGAGUUGAUUGAAUAUUUUUACUAGUUUGUGCGGAACUAGAUAAAAAAAAAAAAUUUUGUUCGAUAUGUGUUAUGAAUAUAUUUUUGGAUGGAAGUUUAUGAUUAGCAUUAUUUUUCCUUCUACAGCGAAGAUGGCAAUUGCUCUAGCAAAGCAAGAGCAACAAAGUAGCUACAUGGCUAGAUCCCUAAUUGUUUCUGGGCUUGCACCAAGUAGAAAAAAUCAAAAAAUCCUAUUGAACGAAAAUAAAAGGCAUGUUCCAGAGGAAGAAAAAGGGCAUGACAAUGUGAAAUCAUUACAAGGAAGAAAGAAAAGAAAUUCAAGUCAAAAUGGUGAUUGCUUGAAUGGGAAUAGAGUUUCAAAGAGGCGGCGGGGUGGCACGGUCAAGCAAAGUAGUCUUGAAGAUGAAUUUCUUAUGGAUUCUUUAGAAAAAGAUGGAGAAUUAAUGCUUUUGAUGAAGAUGAAAGCAUGGAGCAGCAGUAGAUGUUUGGGUAGUGUGAAGAAGAAAAGAAGCUCAAGAGAUGCAAGAAGGAAAAAUUGUGGAUUUGGAAAACUUAUGCCAAAUGCCUCGUCUACCUCAUCAUCGUCAUCAUCAUCUUCUCCUUGUUCAUCAGUUUUAUGUGUAAAGAAUGAUGGGUACCGCAGUGAGAGAAAUGCCACAAAGGAUAAAAAGGAUAGCCAAAAUUCUUGCCUUCUGCAGGGAAACACAGCAGCUCGCGUAAAGUGUCAUCAGUGUAUGAGAAGUGAUAGACGAAUUGUUGUUCCUUGCACCAACUGUAGACAAAAAUUUUAUUGUAUCCGGUGUAUUAAGCAGUGGUACCCUGACAUGUUAGAAGAAGAGAUUGCAAAGCAAUGCCCAUUUUGCCGUGGAAAUUGCAACUGCAAUGAGUGCUUGCAUUCGAGCAGCAUAGUCAAGACUUCAAAGAAGGAUGUCACUGACAGUGAGAAGUUACAUCAUCUUCAAUAUCUGAUCAACUCACUUCUUCCCUUCCUCAAACAAAUUCGUGAAGAACAAAGUCAUGAGAUAGAGAUGGAGGCUAUUAUUCGAGGGAUGCCAUCUUCUGCAAUUGAAAUACCAACAUCUUUUUGUUCUACUGAUGAGCGUGUCUAUUGCAACCAUUGUGCAACUUCCAUUGUUGACCUUCAUCGAAGCUGCCCAAAUUGUACUUAUGAGCUUUGUCUCAGUUGUUGCCAAGAGAUUCGUGGUGGAAACCUUUUAGGAGGUGCUGAUGAAGCAGUGUAUUGUUAUGUAGACAGAGGCUGUGAUUACAUUCACGGUGGUGAUCCUCUACCAGAGUGUAACUUUUUGGAAAUUUAUAAGGAUCCUACUAAGCCAUUGAUCAAAUGGAAUGCCAAUGAUAAUGGAAGUAUAACUUGUGCCCCAAUCGAGAUGGGUGGAUGUGGUAGCUGUGCAUUAGAGCUCAAGAGUAUCUUUCAAAAAGGCUGGAUUGCAAAUUUAGAAGUUAAAGCAGAAGAAAUAUUGAGGAGCUGUGGAACUGAACAAACAAAUUUUGGGAAAAUUUGUUCAAAAAGUAAUGCUGAGAUGUUGAGGAGAACAGCAUCUAGGGUAGGUUCUGAUGACAACUACUUGUAUUGUCCAGCUGCAAAGGACAUUCUGCAGGAGGGUGAACUAUUGAACUUCCACAGGCACUGGGUCAAUGGCGAACCGGUUAUAGUUCGAAAUGUUCUUGAACAGACAACUGGUUUGAGCUGGGAGCCAAUGGUUAUGUGGCGUGCACUAUGUGAAAAUAAGGAUUCAGAUAUCAGUUCAAAGAUGUCAGAAGUUAAAGCCAUUGAUUGCCUAGCUGGUUGUGAGGUGGAGAUCAGUACUCAUCAGUUUUUUAAAGGUUAUAUAGAAGGAAGAAGGUAUCAAAAUUUCUGGCCUGAGAUGCUCAAGCUAAAGGACUGGCCGCCUUCUGAUAGGUUUGAGGACCUCUUACAACGACAUUGUGAUGAGUUUAUCAGUGCAUUGCCAUUUCAAGAAUAUACAGAUCCUAGGGCUGGUAUUCUUAAUGUCGCUGUGAAGCUGCCUUUGGGUAUCCUUAAACCAGAUUUGGGUCCAAAAACAUAUAUUGCAUAUGGUAUAGCAGAAGAGCUUGGAAGAGGGGACUCUGUUACUAAGCUUCAUUGUGAUAUGUCAGAUGCGGUGAAUAUUUUGACACACACUGCUGAAGUAGGGUUACGCGAAGAGCAGCAGGAUGCAAUCAAAAGUUUGAAAAAGAAACACAAAGCUCAAGAUGAAAAAGAACGUCUGGAUUUUGUGAGGGCUGGUGGUCAUCUUACUGGGCAACUUGGAUGUGCCAGCAGUAUGGACAAAGAGAUGAUGAAUGCAUCAAACACCUCACAUCUGGGGGAGCAGGGUUCGGGAACGACUGAAAUACCUGAGGUUUCUAUCUAUGAGGAUGAAGAUGGAGCAAAUUUUCCUGGUUUUCCUGCAGAAGGAAAAACCGAGAGGAAAGGCAGUGCUCUAUGGGACAUUUUUCGGAGAGAAGAUGUUCCUCAAUUACAGGCUUAUCUUAGAAAACACUCCAGAGAAUUUCGGCAUACAUAUUGUUCUCCAGUUGAACAGGUUGUUCAUCCAAUUCAUGACCAAUCUUUUUACUUGACCAUGGAGCACAAAAGGAAGCUCAAGGAGGAAUUUGGAAUUGAACCAUGGACAUUUGAGCAGAGACUCGGAGAGGCAGUAUUCAUUCCUGCAGGAUGCCCACACCAAGUCAGAAACUUGAAGUCAUGUACAAAAGUUGCCGUAGAUUUUGUCUCCCCAGAAAAUGUCCACGAGUGCAUGCGCUUGACUGAGGAGUUCCGGCGACUUCCGAAGAACCACAGGGCCAGAGAAGACAAACUUGAGAUAAAGAAGAUGAUUAUCUAUGCAGUUAACCAAGCUGUCAUUGACUUAGAAGAGCUGGUAUCAGCCCAUAAUUGAGCAUUUUACCUGCUACUGGAGAUUAUAAGUGUAUAUAACAAAGAAGGUUAAUAUAAGCUGGGGGCAAUUUUGUAAAUCUGUGUAGCUUCCAUUGGAGUUCUUCUGCAAGUUUUCUUAACUAAUGAAGGUUCUAAUAUUGGUCA